AUGAAGCUAGGCGAACAGCAUAAAAAUCUCGGUCUUCCCUCUGAAGAGCCCAAAAUAUCAUCAUAUACAGCUAUAGAAAUUGCUACGCUUCAGGCCAAGCUUGACCAGCAGCUUGGACCAGAAUUUGUGUCUUCAAGGCCAGGCCCAGGCGGGAGAAAACUUUAUUAUCUCCAGGCAGAUAAAUGUAUCAGUCUUGCAAACCAAGUCUUUGGCUUUAACGGAUGGUCCUCUUCAGUUAGAAGUGUUGAAGUUGACUUUUUGGACGAAGGCAAGGACGGAAAAUGGAGUGUUGGAGUAUCAGUUGUCGUACGGGUGACAUUGAAGGAUGGGACUUACCAUGAGGAUAUUGGAUACGGUCAAAUGGAAAAUGGCAAAAAGGCACAGAUAUUUGAUAAGGCUAAAAAGGAGGGGGCCACGGAUGCUCUCAAACGAACACUCCGCAGUUUUGGGAAUGUUCUCGGAAACUGUUUGCACGAUAAGGAUUAUCUAGCGAAGGUUAAUAGGAUGAAAGUACCAGCCCCACGCUUUGAUGAGAGAAAAUUACAUAGGCACAGUGAAUUCAUGCCUCAGGUCAAAAAAGAAUCAUUAGUGGAUUUAGGAAAUUUAAAUAACGACCCAAUGAUCUCAUCCCCAAGUGAGGAAAGACAAGGAUCACCAGAAGCAGAAGCAUAUGAUGAAUAUGGAGGGGAUGAAUUUGAAGAAUUGGGAAUAUUUGGGAGCGGCGGUGAUCUUGAUCUCAUGGCUGAUGAUGCAGCCUUGGACUUUGAUGACGGCGGCAGCAUUAAGGAUCAAAGCCCCAUCAACGCUAUAACUGGCGGCCAAAAAUCUGCCACCAAUUAUAGAAAUCCAAUCCCACAAACCAAUCGCCAAACUAUACAAACACCACAACCGCAGCGUGCCCAGCAGCCCAUGCAGCGGCCUCAAUCCAAUGCACCUCAAGUACCCCGUGCGCCCACUCCCCAAAGUGGUUUUAACGUGUCGCCAACACCAAUACGAGCGCAGCCACAAGCAAACAACAAUACUAAUUUUAAGAAUAUCCAGCAAGGCAUUAACCAGAGAGGCCAGCCACCCCAACCACCGCAGCAACAGCAGCCACAACAGCAUAGUCCAUCGGUACCAACUCUCGCGGCUCCUCAGUUAAAUGGUGGACCAGAAACCCCAAAGAAUCCAUCCCAGAAUCAACCGGUUGGGUUCUUCAGUGGAAGAGCUGUCAUAGACGCUGACGGAGAAAAUAAACUGAUUCCCGAUCAAGCAUUGGCGUUCAACCCCCAUCACCAAACAUCAAUCCCUCGUUCGCUUGGCAUCGACCAUUCCAAGUCCUCGCCUAUCGCUAGAAAAGGAUUGACCGGGCCACAGGGACCUGCAGGAGGAGCGUAUGUUCGUCCAAAUUUUGAGAAUCCGAGUCUCAAUACGAACAGACAGAUUGGAAUGCCCCCACAAGCUCGAGGGUCAGGGUCUUUUCGGCAGCCAGGCCCAUCAGCAGGAGUAAAAAGGCCCGCAGACGUGACAGAUGCAGGCAAUGACUUUAGACCCACACUUGGAGAUGCUGCAGGGACAAAUUUGAAUAAGCAAACAACGAACUUUGGAAAUGAUGUAAAACGACAAGCUAGAAUGAGCUGA